CGUAAAUCAUUUAUGGAGUUAUUUAUGAUGAUAGCCUCAUAAUUGGGACCUAUGUAAUACAGAAAUUAUAUAAAGACAUUUAUAGGCCAACACAUACACAAGUCAAUAGACACACGAAAAGAGAAAUCAAAAACUAAAAAGUAGCUCCAUCUCGCUAGCUGUUCAUCACAUUCCAGGCGUCUAAGCUAAUUAAGGAGCUGAGGGUGGUAGAUAGAUGGUUGUAAUUCCAGGCUGCAGUUUCCAUGUGCUGUUGAUAACAGCAGCAGUCACCUUAUUGCUUCACAGAGCAGUGGCAAAGAAAGAGGAGUGUGAUUAUUUUGAGGGGAGUUGGGUUGAAGAUGAUGAAACCUAUCCUCUCUACAACUCAUCCCUCUGCCCCUUCAUAGAGCGCGAGUUUAACUGCCUCAGGAAUGCCCGCCCCGACCGCGCUUAUCUCCGCUAUAGAUGGCAACCCCAUGCCUGUACGCUAACCAGAUUUGAUGGGAAGGAUUUCUUGCAGAAAUUCAAAGGGAAAAGCAUAAUGUUUGUGGGUGAUUCUUUGAGCCGGAAUCAGUGGCAGUCACUCACUUGUCUCCUUUACACUUCAACCUCGCCCGUGACCACUUACAACCAAACCCGGAUUGGUGACGUCUCCACCUUCACCUUCACGGAAUAUGAUGUGAAAGUAAUGUUGGACCGCACUGUGUAUUUGGUGGAUGUUAUUAGGGAAGAGAAGGGGAGAAUCUUGAGACUGGACUCGAUGCAGGGUGGGAAGCUAUGGUUUGGAAUCGAUAUGCUCAUCUUCAACACAUGGCAUUGGUGGAACCGCAGAGGAAUCACUCAACCAUGGGAUUACAUCAGAAUCGGAGACCAAUAUUACAAAGACAUGGAUCGCAUGGUUGCUUUCGAGAAGGCACUGAUUACAUGGGCUAAUUGGGUGGACACAAACAUUGACCCUUCAAAAACAACAGUUUUCUUCCAAGGAAUUUCCCCAUCCCAUUACAACGGCACUGAUUGGAACGAACCGGGCGUGACGAGUUGCGUAGGACAGGAAGCGCCAUUGCGUGGAUCGACGUAUCCAGGAGGCCUGCCUCCAGCACUGGCUGUUCUGAAGAGAGUGCUCAGAACAAUAGAAAAGCCGGUUACAUUGCUUGAUGUCACAAACUUGUCAUUGUUACGGAAAGACGGCCACCCUUCGAUCUACGGGCUCGGGGGCAAGACCGGGAUGGAUUGCAGCCAUUGGUGUCUAGCUGGAGUUCCUGAUACUUGGAAUGAAAUACUAUACAACAUUAUUCUUUGAUGAUCUUCUGUAUACUUACAGUACUAUUUCUACCAUUUCCUUGAGUUAUUUUUUCAGUAUUAUUGCUGAAAUAUGUAACAUUAUAUUAAUUCAUUGAUCACCGGUAUCAGUAGCAUUGUAAAUUCUCCGCAUUUGGAGUACUGCAGUAUAAUCAACAACAAUCGUUGUAUGAUCAACUUUGUUGAUUGGUGGU